CGAGCCGAAGGUGACACUUGAUCUGAAGGAUACAUAACCAAAUUUAUGGUGGUUGAUAUUUAUCGAGAUUUUUCGUAAUUUUGGGGCUGUCUGGACGCUCUGUGGCCAAAUAUGUGAUUACUUCGGUAUUUCGAUGGCGUCUUCGGAAAAUGAGGGUAGCGUAUGUCAGUACACCGUCGAGGAAAUCAACUACAAUGAAAUUCAGAAGCUUGAGGCAGUCGGUGAGGGCAGCUUUGGAGUCGUUUACAAGGGAAUCUGGCGCGAUGCGUUCGUGGCGGUCAAAAACAUCGUCUCUGAGAACGACAAAGACGCCUUUAUUGUGGAAGUCCGGCAGCUGUCAAGGGUCAAGCAUGAGAACAUUGUCAAGCUGUACGGGGCCUGCACCAAGGGCCCCAACAUCUGCCUUGUGAUGGAGUACGCCGAAGGGGGCUCCCUCUUCAAUAUUCUACACCACGCACCUAACGUACACUACACGAUGGCCAACGCCAUGUCCUGGCUCUACCAGUGCGCCAAAGGGGUCGAGUAUCUCCAUGGCAUGAAACCCAAACCUUUGAUACACAGAGACCUCAAACCGCCCAACUUGCUCCUGAUAAACGGGGGCACCUUGCUAAAGAUAUGCGACUUUGGUACUGCCACAGACAUGACAGCAAUCAUGACCAACAACAAAGGCUCGGCCGCGUGGAUGGCCCCCGAGGUCUUUGAAACGUCAAACUAUACGGAAAAGUGCGACGUCUUCAGCUGGGGCAUAAUCCUCUGGGAGGUGUUAUCGCGACUUAAGCCUUUUUUCCACAUUAAGGAGUCGGGCUACCCUUCGGCUUUCAUGAUCUUGUGGGCGAAGCACAGCGGCCGGAGGCCCCCUCUCAUCAGGCACUGCCCCCCAGUCAUCGAAAAACUGAUGACACAGUGCUGGGAUCAGGAGGCGGCCAAGCGGCCGAGCAUGAAGGAGAUUGUGAAAAAAAUGGAAGUUAUUUGCUCGUUGCUUCCGGGCGCCGACGAGCCGUUGCAGAUCAGGGGCGGUGACGAUGUGGUUUACAAGGAGGAAAUCGAAGAGUUUGAGGACUGUGUGGAGGAAAUAGACCAGUUCCCCGCCAGCACCAACGGCGAUAAUUGUGUCAAAUCGCUGCCCCAGCCGAGUGCCGAGAUGUCGCGGCCCCUCAACAUUAAAAUAAGCCCUGACGCAUGGGAUUUACACGAUCUCGACAUGCAGCUGAGAACCAUGCCCGGCCUUGAUAAGAUGGUACCAAAAAACGGUUCCAAAAACACAACGGUAGAGGCAGGCAUCGAGAGCACCAAGUCGACACCUGACGGCACCGAUCCAAAUUUAGAUAAAGUGUAUCUUUUAUUAGAGCCGCAUUUACGGCCUGCCACUCCAGACGCCGACAAUCCGCAGUCGUUGGCGCUGUUCGAAGAGCACAAGCAACUGGCUCAGGAAUAUUUCAAGGUCCAAACUGAGCUCGCAUAUGUCUCGCAAAAGAAGGACAAACUCCUAGCGGCGCAGUCGCAAGAACAGCAGCAGCACACCAAACUCCUCAAAGACCUGCAAGCGGAGAAGGAGUCCCUGAUCUUGGUGCGGGAGUUGCUCAGUCGGCAAAGAGAAAACAACAACGCGGCUAGGAAUAACAUAGAUAACUGGGUCCUGGUGCCCAGAGAUGGUACUAACACGGACUGACUUAUUUAUUUACCUCGACGCUCAUUUCCUUCACCCUUCAUCGGUUAUUUAUCAGAGUGUUUUUCUAGGAUAAGCUCAAUUUUUAUAUGUGCAUAUGUAAAUAAAGCUGGUUAUUUAUAA